UCUUCUCGGUCAUCGCGCGCCUGCGCCAUUGGCCUGUCACUCCGAGGCGGCGUGGGGAGCUGUGGGAGCAGUGGCCACGCGCUGGGAGCAGAGCUUAUAAAGAUGGAAUUUCAAGCAGUAGUGAUGGCUGUUGGUGGGGGAUCUCGCAUGACAGACUUGACUUCCAGCAUUCCUAAACCUCUGCUUCCAGUUGGGAACAAACCUUUAAUUUGGUACCCAUUGAACCUGCUUGAGCGUGUUGGAUUUGAAGAAGUCAUUGUGAUUACAACCAAAGAUAUUCAAAAGGCUCUUUGUGCAGAAUUCAAGAUGAAAAUGAAGCUAGAUAUUGUGUGCAUUCCUGAUGAGGCUGACAUGGGAACUGCAGAUUCUCUACGCUUCAUAUAUCCAAAACUUACGACAGAUCUGCUUGUGCUGAGCUGUGAUCUGAUAACAGAUGUUGCUUUACAUGAAGUUGUGGACCUGUUCAGAGCUUAUGAUGCAUCACUUGCCAUGUUAAUGAGAAAAGGCCAAGAUAGCUUAGAACCAGUUCCAGGUCAAAAGGGGAAAAAAAAAACAGUGGAGCAGCGUGACUUCAUUGGAGUGGACAGCACAGGAAAAAGAUUGCUCUUUAUGGCUAAUGAAGCAGACUUGGAUGAAGAACUGAUCAUUAAGGGAUCCAUCCUGCAGAAGUACCCUAGAAUACGUUUCCAUACAGGCCUCGUGGAUGCUCAUUUCUACUGCUUGAAGAAAUAUGUUGUGGAUUUUCUAAUGGAAAAUAGGUCAAUCACUUCUAUCCGGAGUGAACUGAUUCCAUACCUAGUAAGAAAACAGUUUUCCACAGCUUCCCCACGACAAGGGCGAGAAGAAAAAGAGGAGGAUCUAAAGAAAAAGGAGCUGAAAUCCUUAGAUAUUUACAGCUUUAUGAAAGAAGACAAUACACUGACCUUGGCUCCCUAUGAUGCCUGCUGGAAUGCCUGUCGAGGAGACAAUUGGGAAAACCUGUCCAGAUCCCAGGUGCGCUGCUAUGUCCACAUCAUGAAAGAGGGGCUCUGCUCUCGAGUGAACACAUUGGGACUCUACAUGGAAGCAAACAGACAGGUUCCCAAGUUGCUGUCUGUUCUUUGUCCUGAAGAAGCAACAGUGAAUUCAUCAGCCCAGAUUGUCAGCAAACACUUGGUUGGAGUUGACAGCCUCAUUGGGCCAGAUACACAAGUUGGAGAGAAGUCAUCCAUUAAGCGCUCAGUCAUUGGGUCAUCCUGUCUCAUUAGAGAUAGAGCGACAAUUAACAAUUGCCUUCUCAUGAACUCAGUCACUGUAGAAGAAGGGUGCAACAUUCAGGGCAGUGUUAUCUGCAAUAAUGCUGUGAUUGAGAAAGGUGCAGACAUCAAGGACUGUUUGAUUGGAAGUGGUCAGAGGAUUGACGCCAAAGCUAAACGAAUCAAUGAGGUGAUUGUGGGAAAUGACCAGCUCAUGGAGAUCUGAAUUCUGAACAAGUUUGACCCCUUCCUUCCAGAUGUUGGCUGGACCACCUGUUUGACUCUGUAUUUAUUUUUCAAUAAAGGACUUCCAGGCUGGGGGUGAA